CUGGUCGGAAAUGAAAAAGACUGGCCGAUGUGAAGCAGUUUUUUCUUUGUGCGCGUAUUUCUUUUCCCCCUAGAUUUCAGUCACUUAACUGAAUUGAAGUACGACGUGUGGAGCAUUAGCCACAUUACGUACUCAAACAUCAGUCAUCUUAAAGUCUGGGCACUCGUUGAAGUUUUGUCGCCUACUUUAGCCUAGCCUAGCUGGCCUACCGCUAACAAAGCUGCAAGGCACUUCGUCAAGCGUUCAGAUAUCAAGUGAUGAAUAUGUUCGCGAGAACUACACCGGCUGCAGAAAAGUUCCAAGAAGAACUUUGUGGAGUAAAAGAGGAGCCCCCACGUCCCCAAGAUACGACUAUGUGCAAAAUAAUGCACGCAAAGGUUGUUCUUCGCAGACUCGAAGAUCUAUAUGUCAGCCAAGCCCAUCGUCUUGGGCCCCAAGAGUCUUCUUGCGUCAAGGGGGAGGAGGAAGAGUCGCCAUACAUCAAGGAGGAGGAAGAGUCCGUUCACAUUAAAGGUUUUAGAAAAUAUCUUGGUGCUGAGUGGCAGCAGUCAGAAAUUCCUGGUGUGAAAAAGGAUGUUGAGCUCCCCCAAAUCAAAGAGGAGGAGCCAAAGCCCUGUCAACAGAAGCAACUUCCAAUCAAAAAGAAGGAAGAAGAGCUGCCAUGCGUUAAAGAGGAGGAUGAGGAGGAGCAUAUCACCAGGUCGACUGGUGAGCCCUUGAAGAGUGAAGAUGGUCCAAGUGAGGCCGGCAGAGGGGCGGAGCCUCCAAGCGGCAGCAGCAGCAACUCAACAGAAGGAUUGCAAGCAGACAUUUUCAUCGCUCGAAAUGGGGCCACGUCACACUCAGCUUACAAUGAUGAUGGUCAUAAGACAUCUCAUGGUGACGACAAACUCUGCAAAUGCUCUCAGUGUGGGAAAACCUUUGCGACAAAGCAAACUCGCCGGAUGCACAUGAGGAGCCACACUGCUAAAAAGCCUUUUUCCUGCUCAGUUUGUGGUAAAAGACUCAGUUGCAAGAGCGCCUUAAAACUUCACAUGAGAACCCACACUGGCGAAAAACCUUUUUCCUGCUCAGUUUGUGGUCAAAGAUUCAAGUGCAAGGGCAACUUAAAAAAACACACAAGUACCCACUCUGGCGAAAAACCUUUUUCCUGCCCAGAUUGUGGAAAAAGAUUCACUCAAAAGAGAACCUUAAACACACACACUAGAACCCACACUGGCGAAAAUUGUGUUUCCUGCUCAGUUUGUGGAAAAGGUUUUGUUCAGGCGGGACUCUUAAGAAAACACACAAGAACCCACACUGGUGACAAACCAUUUUCCUGCUCCGUUUGUGGUAAAAAAUUCAGUGACAUGGGCUACUUAAAACGACACACAAGAACCCACACUGACGAAAAACAUUUUUCCUGUUCAGUUUGUGGUAAAAAAUUCAGUGAAAUAAGCAACUUAAAACGACACACAAGAACCCACACUGACGAAAAACCUUUUUCCUGCUCAGUUUGUGGUCAUGGAUUCUCUAAUAAGCGAGACUUACAACGUCACGAAAGAACCCACACUGGUGAAAAACCUUUUUCCUGCUCAGUUUGUAAUCAAAGAUUCAUUGAAAAGGAAAGCUUAAAAAUCCACAUAAGAACCCACACUGGCGAAAAACCUUUUUCCUGCUCAGUUUGUGGUCAAAGAUUCAGGCAAAUGAUGACCUUAAAACAACACGCAAAAACCCACACUGGCGAAAAAUCUUUUUCCUGCUCAGAUUGUGGUCAAAAAUUCCUUCAAAAGUCCACCUUGAAACACCACACAAGAACACACACUGGUGAAAAACCUUUUACCUGCUUAGUUUGUGGUCAAAGAUUCAGUAAAAAGUCCACCUUAAAAGUACACACAAGAACACACACUGGUGAAAAACCUUUUUCCUGCUCAGUUUGUGGUCGAAGAUUCACUCACAAGGAAAGCUUAAAAAUCCACACAACAACCCACACUGGCGAAAAAUCUUUUUCCUGCUCCAUUUGUGGUCAAGCAUUCAGUCGCAAGAACGCCGUAACACGACACGCAAGAAUCCACACUGGUGAAAAAUCUUUUUCCUGCUCAGUUUGUGGUCGAAGAUUUGCUCGGAAGGAAGGGAUAAAGAAACACGCGUGUGUUGGUGUGAUUGGUGUGAUAAGCAAAGGCCAAUGACUGUUUUGCCUGUCAUCCAUGCUGGCUUCAUCAGAUUUUGCACGCAGGACGCCGUAGAAUCCUGUUGAGGAUUGGCACUUUUGGUACCUUACUUUGUCCAAUUGUUGUAUGACCACCAUAUUGCCUAAAGCUCAGCUGAUUGAACUCUCCAUUCCAGCACAUGAUUUAGCUGGAUGAGCGGAGCUGUGCAACACACCUGUGAUGCAUUAGAAGCGCUCAUUAUUCAAAGACUCCUGUUUGUGCGAGUGUCAGACUUUUGCUUACUUUGUUUUACUUUUCGUGUUCACUUUGUUUUUUGCCUUUUCUGGCCAUCGACGGCUUUCCCUUAGUUCUCUCGUCGACUAUGUUCGUGCCUCUUUUUGUUUGUAUUUUAUUUCACGUGUUCUGACGUGCUCCCUGUUUUUUUUUGUAAUAAAUUCUACACAAACUUCCGCGUCUGUGUUGGAUCCAUAUUAUACAGCUCGCCGUUUCAUUACAAAGUUAAUCAAACUACACUUUUCACAUUUAAUAUUCGAAACAUCCGACCCCAAACUCCAAAAAAUACCAAAUUCAUUCAAAAUACUGUCAUCAAAUAAAAAUGGAAAAUUAGAUUAUAUUUUCACUUGUUUAUUUUUAUUCAUUAUUAAUACCUUGUUUUUAUUCAGUCCACUGCAUUUAAAUAUACUUUUCUUAUUUUAAUCCUAGUAUUCGUUGAAAAAAAAUUAUGAGUAACUGCUUACAAUGUCAGAUUUAAAAAAAAAAAAAUAGUAUUUAUCGAUUGAUUUAUAGUAUUUGGGAAACAUUUUUUGUGUUUCAACACAAUUUCGUCAACAUGAACUGUUAUUAUUAUCAGUAUAGUAUAGUAAUGCAGAGCCCCUAAUGGGACAUGGAAGAAGAAGGAAAAAAAAAAAAAAAAAAAACUUACAUCGAAGCAAUAAACAAAAACUUAGUUAACAUCAAAGCACACACAAAAAAUCUUGGAAGCUAAUUGUGUCUCCAGGUCAGUUUGAGUUUUGGAGGUAGAAGCAGGACAACAUGGAGGACGACUUGGAACGGUUCUUGCAGUCAAGAGAUAUCCCUAACGUAGAUUUUACGCGCAUGAAAACAGACAAGGUGCGUAUUCACACUGUCAACAUUGAUGUCAAAAUAGCCGCAUGGACAUGGACACCUCAUACUGUAUGUUGCCGUGACCAUUGUGUCUAAUGUAAAUUAGGUUAUUGCAUGCAUCUUUAAGUGGCAAGAAAAAUGCUCAGUAUGUCUUUUUACGUAGCUCCUAAAUGUAUACCGUGACACCGCCAUUCAUUCUAGCAGUAGGCGACUAUUGGCUUUUAAAAAAAUCAUUAACACUUCAUACAAAAAUACCUAAUAUGUACUGACACUUUCCAUUAUGUGUAAUAUCGUAAUUAAAGCUGCUGUAGUUUUGUGCCACUACUCUGUGAAUUUAUCUAUACAGUAGUUAUUGAGGUAAAUAUGAUGUAUUUACUCAAAUUUUCUGUUUGCAGGUUGAUAUGUCUGUAAUUUCCAUCAUGACUGAUGAGCAAAUUGGCAAAUAUGUCACUUCAUAUGGUGAUCGAGUAGCUACCCUUUCCUUCUGCCAACAAAAAAUGUUCAGCACCAAUAAAAAAAAAAAAAACUCUUUUACAAAGUUUAAGAGACAAAAUAUGAUCAAGAAAAAAAGGUGUACCUGGUGGAUCCUCCACUGUGCCCAAAAAUGGAGGUCAGGGAAUGGCAAUCGCGCGGCAAAAACAAGUCUGAGCAGAAAAGACUUGUAGAAAGAUUGAAAUUGGAUGCCUCUAUUUUAAUACUAGUGAAAACGACAAAUGGGAUAGGAACGAGACAUGCUGCCACAGAAAAAACAACAACCGUUGCUCCGAUUUUGGAAUUUCGAAAGGAGUUGUUUUUCCCAGAUGGAAUUUCAUCCAAAGGAGAAGUUGGAGACUUUACAUUUGAGGUCUGUGAUUUUAAAAGAAAGGAGAUUUCUCUAGAUUAAACGGUUGGCAGAUUGUAUGAAAAGACCACACUGAGGCUGCUUAGAUUUUUCAUCUGCACAAAGAACGGUUUUCAACAUCUCAAAUGGACUGUGAAGAUCCAUUAUCUGAUGAUUCAUCUGUUAGCAUAUCGGAGGGAGCACUUUCACAGCGGUUUGGAGCGCUUAUACAUAUGUACAAAAUCAUGACCAAAAUGAGGAGGUUCGUGUCAGUUGGUACAAUAUUUUGUAAGUGGACUAAAUACAGUGAGGGCAAUCACAACAACAAAUAUAUGGUAAUAUAAAAUAAUGGUAGCUGUAAUUGUUCGAAUUGUACAGUUACAUUUAUUUUGGUGGGGGGGGGACUAUCACUGCAAAUGUUUUUUUUUUUUUGUCAGAUUAACACCUAUCUAUCGUAUUUUCCGCACUAUACAUCGCACUGAAAAGCCUUCAAGUUUCUCAAAAGCAUCGCUUUAUAAUCCGAUGCGUCUAUAUAUGGAUCAAUAUUGGUAAAUCACGUCAUGACAUACCCUUUAGAGCAGUACCAUCUAGUGGAUGUAUAACGCAACUUCAACCACUACUACUACUACUACUACUACUAUGCCUUUCAUUGUGAAAAAAAAACAUGAAAGUAAAAGAAACAAAAUAGGGGUCAGCAAAGCAAAAAAAAAAAAAAAGUUUUCACAUCAAGGCAAAUUUUUUUUUACAUCGAAGCAAAAAAUUCGACGGAGGAUUAGGACAAAAUCAGGGAGAGAAAAGAAAAGGACGACGAGAUUUAAGCAGUACUGGUGCAACGACAAUAAAAUUAUAACAUCGGGUAAACCGCUGUGCACUUUAUGUACAUGUAUCCUUGCUGGUCACUACGAUGAAAAAUCAAUAUUAUUAAUGAUUAAAUGCCAUCCAUCCAUUCAUUAUCUUCCGCUUAUUCCGGGGUCGGGUUGCGGGUGCAGAAGCUUUAGCAGGGA